AUGAUUUCUUCUAGUAGUUGGGUUCCUAGAGGCUUUGCUUCUGAAUUCCCAGAAAAAUAUGAAUUGGACGAUGCCGAAAUGGAAAGAAUUACCCAAAUGGCUAAUCUUGAAUUGAACGAUGCCAGAGAAGAUUUGGCAAAUGAACAAGGCGAAGAAGAAGAAGAUAACGAUGAAGAUAAAGAUCAAAAAUUGAAAGAGCAAAUUGAAAUUGACGACGAUUUAAAGGAAUACGAUUUGGAAAAUUAUGAUAACGACGAUGAUACCCCUGGUGAAGCAGUUUCGAUGUUCCCGGGAUUAUCAAAAGAUGCUCAAUUUCAUCAAAAUGGAGAAGAAGAUGCUUAUUUGACUUUACCAAAAGAUAAUGAAUUACAAGAAGAAAAGAAAGAAUCUCAAAUAUAUCCAACUGAUAAUUUAGUGUUAGCAACCAGAACUGAAGAUGAUAUUUCUUAUUUAGACGUUUAUGUUUAUGAUGAUGGUGCUGGUGCCCCACAAGGAUCUAAUGAAGAAGAAGAAGAUAAAUUGGAUCAGGAUGUUGCUAAAGGUUUAAUAAGAGAUUCUAAUUUAUAUGUUCAUCACGAUCUUAUGUUACCUUCUUUCCCAUUAUGUGUUGAAUGGAUUAAUUAUAAACCAGGUCAAAAUGAUUCAGAGGAUAUUGGUAAUUUUGCCGCUAUUGGUACUUUUGAUCCCCAAAUUGAAGUUUGGAAUUUAGAUUGUAUCGAUAAAGCUUUCCCUGAUUUAAUUUUAGGUGAACCUCAAGAUAAUUCAAUGCCUGCAUUAAAUAAAAAGAAAAAGAAGAAGUCUAAAUCUAAAUCUCAUGUCACAACUCACCAUACUGAUGCAGUUUUAUCUUUAGCUCAUAACAGAUAUCAUAGAAAUGUUUUAGCAUCUACCUCAGCCGAUAAAACUGUUAAAUUAUGGGAUUUAAAUAGUGGGACUGCUGUAAGAUCAUUAAACACAAUUCAUAAUAACAAAACCGUUUCUUCUUCACAAUGGCAUCCACAAGAAAGUUCUAUUCUUUUAACCGGUGGUUAUGAUGGUACUUGUGGGGUAUCUGAUGUCAGAAUAUCUGAUGUUAAUCAAAUGACUAAAAAUUAUAAAGUUAGUCCUGGUGAAGAAGUUGAAAAUGUUAAAUGGGGUCACAGUUCUACUCCAGAACUUUUCUAUGCCGGUACUGAUAAUGGUAAUGUUUAUUGUUAUGAUGUAAGAACUUUAGAUAAACCUUUAUGGACUUUACAUGCUCAUGAUGCUGGUAUUUCUUCAUUAGAAGUCAAUGCUCAUGUUCCUGGUAUGAUUGUUACUUCAGCCAUGACUGAAAAAGUUGUUAAAUUAUGGAAAUGUCCAAAUAAUAAUAAAGGAGGUCCAUCCAUGGUUUUAUCUCGUGAUUUUGGUGUUGGUAAUGUUUUAACCUCUGCAUUCCCUCUGGAUAUCGAAGUUGCUGGUAAUUUAACUGUUGGUGGUAUUACUGGUGCUUUGAAAAUGUGGGAUAUUUUCUCUAAUAGAUCUGUUCGUAACUCAUUCCGUGAAGAAUUGAAAACCUUACAAAAAUCAGCUAGAGAAUUUGCUAAAGAACAAGGUAGAGCAUCAAGAAUUGCCAGAAAAUAUCAAGGUGAUAACACUGUUGAAAGUGUUAUGUCCGUUGAAGCUGGUAGUUUGGAAGAUGAUUCCGAUUCUGAUGGUGAAGAUGCUCAUAAUGAUAUGGAAGAAGAUGAAUAAUUCACUUGAUUAUCUAAUUCCAAAAAUAUCUAUCUUUUUUUUUGUUCUCUGUAUAUUAUUAAAAGUAGACCUUAUUU